UCGAGGAUCCACAGCGAGCAUCUCCCAACUUGACAUGGGUUGACACGGCAGGGUUAAUAAGUCAACAGAAUUCAGAAAACAGGACCGGAUUAAGAAGGCAGUUUUAUUUUGGUGCCCUGGACUUCAAGCAGAUUAAAUAAUCAAAAAGCCGGAGCCAUCGGGGUCAUGUUUGAAUGCUACAGCUGUUCACUGAGGUUUGACAAACAUUCUUUCUGUGGCUCCUCGUCUCAAUGGGAAAGGCAGCGAUGAUCCUGGGAAGGGCAAUGCUUUAAGAAAGAAGGCGGGGAGCACAAUCAAACGAUCCUCUGAUGGAAAACAAUCCCAUCCAGAUGGAGACAAGGAAAGGGCUGCUUAAAUAAGUGGUCUCCUGAAAGCGACCACUGUUCCCUGUGCUGAAGAAAAGCACUGGCAGGAUUCAGAAAAAAAGUGAAUGAAAACCUGGACUUGGAGUCUGCCAUGCCCUCGAUGUGUUGACCUGCAGAUUAAUAAAGGUGGGCUUCGGGUUCAGCGGGUAAGCCGGUGGAGACUCAGUCAUGGAAGGUGAAGUGUUGCUGCUUUCAAGUAUGAUUUUCCUGCUCCCGGUGGUGUGCGGCUGCCCAGAGAGAUGCCGCUGUCACUCACCUUCAAAUUCUGUAGACUGCAGCCGGCAGGGUCUGGCUGAAAUCCCUUCUGAUUUGCCUCCUCAGACUCUAACGCUGCACUUACAAGAUAACCGGAUCCACCAGCUUCCGACUUCUGCAUUUAAAUCAGUGCCACAGCUCACAACCUUGAACUUGUACAACAAUUCUCUUUCAAAUCUGACCCCCGGAGUUUUCCAUGGACUUCAGCACUUGAGGGUCUUAAACCUAACUCAGAACUCCCUGCAUUCUCUGGAAAGCAGACUAUUCCAUUCUCUCCCACAGCUGAGGGAACUCGAUUUGUCAUCAAACAAUAUAAGUCACCUUCCUGCAUCCUUAGGUGAGCCUUGGGAGAACCUAACCGUUCUUGCGAUCCAGCAAAACCGGCUUCGGCAGCUCGAUCGAGCCCUCCUAGAAUCCAUGCCCAGAAUGAAGCAUUUAUUUCUCAAAGACAACCUCUGGAAAUGCAACUGUCACUUGCUCAGUCUUAAACUCUGGCUGGAGACAUUUGUCUAUAAAGGGGGAAUAACGGACAGCAUCAUCUGUGUAUCACCAGACACCUGGAAGGGAAAGGACCUCCUUGAAAUCCCUCACGAGCUGUACCACCCCUGCCCGUUUCCUUCUCUACACCUGCAGUCCUCGCAGGUGCCGCAGCUAGGUGCCGACCACCAGGCUGUCCCCAGGCUCUCCGAGAGCCACAGCGCAGGGGAGCGAGACCACCGGGAGUGUGAGAUCAAACCCAAGCCGAGGCCGGCCAAUCUGCGCCACGCCAUGGCCACCAUUGUCAUCACAGGGGUGGUGUGUGGGAUCGUGAGUCUCAUGAUGCUGGCGGCCGCCAUCUACGGCUGCACCUAUGCAGCUAUCACAGCCCAGUACCAUGGGGGACGCUUGGCUCAAACCAAUGAGCCCACGAAGACAGAAGGAAGAGAGCUGUUUGACAGCUCACUGGCCUGAGAACUUUCAUCUCAAAUAGGAAUAAUAAUCAUUUUAAACCAGAAAACAGUUUCUGAGUAGGGCUGACAGGUCACUGUUACUGCCUCCUUUUCUUUUUCUCCUGCCUGCAAUGCAGGACACCCAGGUUUGAUCCCUGGGUUUGGAAGAUCCCCUGGAGAGGGAAAUGGCAACCCACUCCAGUAUUCUUGCCUGGAAAAUCCCCAUGGUCAGAGGAUCCUGGCAGGCUACAGUUCAUGGGGUCAUAUAUAUAUGUAUGCAUAUAUAUAUACAUAUUUAUGGAAAGAAAUUUAUGUUGAGAUUUAAAAAAAAUAUUAAUACCAUAGUUGAAAUAGAUAUGAUAACUUGUGCUCUGUGCCUGAGAAGUUAUUCUAUGUGGGAAAGGCUGUCCAUGGAGAAAGGGAAGGUACAUCCCUUUCAAGGUACUCUUCCCUGCAUUAAGUUGCUUUAACAAAGCAGCUGAAACACAAACCCACAUGCCAGUCAGCAUUCCUGGGAGCGUUAUGGUCCACUGGAAAACUGCCCAAUUCUGAGUGCCUGGGAAGAAGCUGAUGAUCUUACCCAAGGAGCACUGAGUGCUUCUAUAAUCCAAGUUCAUGCUAGACCAGUGAUACUUUUAGAUAUUAGGUAUGUUAUACAUUUAGCGGGAGCGUCUGUUGGUUGGGAAUUUUUGUAGCUUGCCACAAGAGUCAGAUUCUAUUUAAUUUUCUAAAUCAGAAAACCAUUUGGGGCUCUCUAGGCCACAGAAGAAGAAGAGGGCUCCACGAGUGGAUAAUAUGACUCAGGCGCAGGGUCUGGGGAAGUUUUCUGAUGCAACGGGAAAUAACAUAUAAACAAACACAAAGAGGACGGGGUGGCGGAAUUCAGGGCACAUAUCACCAAAAGGCCAUACCCACCAGGUGAUUGGAACCUUCCAUUUAUAACUCUCACAGCAGGAAUGAAUUUAGGGUGGGCUGAGAGGGAGAUAAUGGCUUAUAUGUAUCUGUGUCUAUGUACAGAGUGCGCAGAGUGCAUAGGCUUGUUCAACCACACCCACACAUAAACACAGAGCAAUCAGUUUACCCACUAAUGAAAUGCAGCCGCAGCAGGGUGGAAGCCAGCAGCUGCUGACCACCACCCAGAUUGUCUACUCAACACUCUGGGAGAGGAAGUCAGAGGAAGUCUGAAGAGAGUGGGAAUUAUCAAGAGACUUGAGAUAUGUGGCAGCAGCCAUCCUGAACAUUAUUUAGGCCAGGGUUUAAAAAAAAUCAGGUGUGGCUUGCUUAACUCCACAGACACGGUCCUGAAGAGUUGCAUGCAAAGGAAAUUUUUGUAAAUUGAAUCAUCAUUUUAAUGCAGUAGGGGAGCUCACUAUUUAAAGGAACCUUUCAUGGAAUCUUUCUGUAAUGGCAAUAAUUGACUCCAGAUUUAUGUAUUUUGUAAAUUUGCAUUUUCUCAGGCUAGGAUUUCUUAAAGUAGAAUCUACCUGUUCUUUCUCUCAUGAUGCCCCAUCUCAUAUUUAGAGUCACCUGUUAGUAUUAAAAUCAUUACACAGAGGAGUUAAGGACUCAGCAAAAGAAGAGAACAGGGUGAGUUGUCCCUCCAGAGGCCUUGACAGACAUCACUAAUCAAUCCCAGCAUUCCUCCCCCUGAGCCCUGAUGCACCACAGAUGCCUUCUUAAGACAGCACUGUAGGCAACCAGAACUAAUCAACUGGAGUUGGUUCAAAGGAUAAAGCAUAUUUGCCAUUCAGGGUACUGGCUCUGCAUUCACUUCUUCAGGGCAUGUAACAGUGUUUUGGAUCUUAAAUCAGUAGUCCUGAUUCCCUAACCUGGCACAUGAAUAGGAGGUCUAUACAGGAUGAAAUACUGUUUCCCUGUCUGAUGCAGCCAAAGCCUUGCCCAGCAGCGUAAAGAGGUCAGGGGAAAGACGGAUGGACCUACCCUAGCCUACCCUGCAGGACUCACACAUCACAGAGAACAUCUAUACCUCCUCACAGUGCUUCACAACCACUGUCUCCCACCCCACAAGUUAAAGAUGGGCCAACUCGCUGGAACAGCAAUUUUGCUAAAUGAUUCUUCUGGGGGAAAACAUUUACAUUUGAUGCUAAUUUUUUCUGAAUAUUAAAAUAAAUCUGGAUAUGUUAAAGAGUAGACUGAAAAAUUACCGUGGAUUUUAAGAUCAAAAAGAGAUCUCAGGGAA